ACUAUAAACAACACAAUACAGAACUUGAGAAUGUCAACGUCAAAAGCAAAAGUUUUAAUAGCCUUUGAUUUUGAUCAUACAAUCGUGGAUGAAAACUCUGAACCAUUCGUCUUUGAUAAAUUAGCUCCAAACGGUAUUCCAGACGAUAUUAAGAGUUUGUACAACAGGCUAGGAUGGAACGAAUAUGUAGGCGCAGUGUUUGCCUAUUUGCAUUCUAAGGGUACGUCUGUAGACGAGAUAAAAAAAGCAUUGUAUGAGGUAAAGCUAACGGCCGGUAUGAAGCAGCUUUUGGACUUAAUAAAAAGCGAAGGCUUGGAAGCUAUAAUAAUAUCAGAUGCGAACUCUGUGUUUAUUAACGAAUUGCUGAAAAAGUUCAACUUAACUGAAACAUUUUCAACGGUUUACACAAAUCCAUCGAAAGUGGAGGAAAAUGGUUUAAUAACGAUAUCAUAUUACCAUAAGCAAGAUUGGUGCGAUUUAAGUACGGUGAACAUGUGCAAAGGUCAUAUAUUGGAUGAACAUAUCAAAACUAACGGAGGAUAUGACAAAGUAAUGUACGUUGGUGAUGGAUAUAAUGAUCUAUGUCCCGCUCUAAGACUACGAAAAUCUGAUGUUGUGUGUCCAAGAAUAGGGUUUUCUCUUAAAAAAAGCAUCGAAAAUUUAGCUCCUCCCCACGAAUUACACGCCAGAGUUGUUAAUUGGCUUGAUGCAACGGAAUUAUUGCAAGUUACCAAAUCAUUAACUGAAAAAGACUAA